AUGGCCGCGCGGGUCGGCCUGCUGCUCCGCGUACUGCCGCUGCUGCUGUGGGGCGGCCUGGACGCCCAGCGCGUAGGCCGGGAGCUGCGCCGGGAGGCGGAGGCAUUCCUGGAGAAGUAUGGAUAUCUCAGUGACCAGGUCCCCAGUAGUCCUUCCUCCACGCGAUUCAGUAAUGCCAUCAGGGAGUUCCAGUGGGUUUCCCAGCUGCCCGUCAGUGGGGUGCUGGACUCCGCCACCCUGCGUCAGAUGACGCGGCCCCGUUGCGGGGUGGCAGAUACUGACAGCCAGAUGCCUUGGACCGAGAGAGUCAGUGCCCUCUUUGCUGGACACCGGGCCAAAAUGAGGCGUAAGAAACGCUUUGCAAGGCAAGGCAACAAGUGGUACAAACGGCAUCUCUCCUACCGCCUGGUGAACUGGCCCCAGCACCUGCCCGAGCCCGCAGUCCGGGGGGCCGUACGUGCCGCCUUCCAGCUGUGGAGCAACGUCUCGGCGCUGGAGUUCUGGGAGGCCCCAGCCACGGGCCCCGCUGACAUCCGCCUCACCUUCUUCCAAGGGGACCACAACGACGGGCUGAGCAACGCCUUCGAUGGCCCAGGGGGCGCCCUGGCGCACGCCUUCCUGCCCCGCCGCGGGGAAGCGCACUUCGACCGAGACGAGCGCUGGUCCCUGAGCCGCCGGCGCGGCCGCAACCUGUUCGUGGUGCUGGCGCACGAGAUCGGCCACACGCUUGGCCUGACCCACUCGGCCGCGCCGCGCGCGCUCAUGGCGCCGUACUACAAGAGGCUGGGCCGCGACGCGCUGCUCAGCUGGGACGACGUGCUGGCCGUGCAGAGCCUGUAUGGGAAGCCCCAGGGGGGCUCAGCGGCCAUCCAGCUGCCGGGAAAGCUGUUCACUGACUUUGAGGCCUGGGACCCCCUGAGACUCCAGGGAAGGCGCCCCGAAACCCGAGGUCCUAAAUAUUGCCAUUCUUCCUUCGAUGCCAUCACUGUAGACGGACAACAGCGCCUGUACGUUUUUCAAGGGAACCAGUUCUGGGAGGUGACAGCUGACGGCAACGUCUCAGAGCCCCGCCCACUGCGGGAAAGGUGGGCGGGGCUGCCCCCCCACAUCGAGGCAGCCGCCGUGUCUUUGGAGGAUGGAGACUUCUACUUCUUCAAAGGGAGUCGAUGCUGGAGGUUCCGGGGCCCCAAGCCAGUGUGGGGCUCCCCACAGCUGUGCCGGACGGGGGGCCUGCCCAGCCACCCCGAUGCUGCCUUCUUCUUCCCUCCUCUGCGCCGCCUUGUCCUCUUCAAAGGCACUCGCUACUACGUGCUGGCCCAAGGGGGGCUGCAGGUGGAGCCCUACUACCCCCGAGGCCUGCAGGACUGGGGCGGUAUCCCGGAGGAGGUCAGCGGUGCCCUGCCCAGGCCUGACGGCUCCAUCAUCUUCUUCAGGGACGACCGCUAUUGGCGCCUCGACCAGGCCAAGCUCCAGACAACCACCUCUGGCCGCUGGGCCACAGAGCUGCCCUGGAUGGGCUGCUGGCACGCCAACUCAGGGGGCACCCUGUUCUGA